GGAGCAGAAGUGAGACAAAGCAAGGCAGGCGGGCCAGGCGGGCGCCAUGGAGCUGCGGUCUCAAGUCCUGCUCUGGGAGCUGUUGCUUCUGCAGAGCUCUGCUGUCCUUCUGUCCUCAGUGCCCUCAGGGCCCUCGCCGGGCGCCAGCUCCGUGGUGUCCGAGUCCACGGUGAGCUGGGCGGCCGGCGCCCUGGCGGUGCUGCGCUGCCAGAGCCCGAGAAUGGUGUGGACCCAGGACCGGCUGCACGACCGCCAGCGCGUGGUCCACUGGGACCUCAGCGGCGGCCCGGGCGGCGGCCCCGCCCGCCGGCUCGUGGACAUGUACUCCGCGGGCGAGCAGCGCGUGUACGAGGCGCGCGACCGUGGCCGCCUCCUGCUGCCGCGCUCCGCCUUCCACGACGGCAACUUCUCGCUGCUCAUCCGCGGUAAGGCGGGCGCCGCGGGCGCUGGGGGGCCCCCGCGGGACUUGCCGGGCAAUGGUUCCAGCCACAGCGGCGCGCCUGGCCCAGAUCCCACGCUGGCGCGGGGCCGCAGCGUCAUCAACGUCAUCGUUCCCGAGGGCCGGGCCCACUUCUUCCAGCAGCUGGGCUACGUGCUGGCCACGCUGCUGCUCUUUAUCCUGCUGCUCAUCACCGUCAUCCUGGCCACCCGCCAGCGCCGCCGCGGAGGCUACGAAUACUCCAACAAGAAGUCAGGGAAGCCAAAGGGGAAGGAUGUGAACAUGGCAGAGUUUGCUGUGGCCUCAGGAGACCAGGCUCUUCACAGGAGUGAGGACAUCCAACUAGAUUACAAAAACAACAUCCUGAAGGAGAGGGCUGAGCUGGCCCACAGCCCACUGCCCGCCAAGUACAUCGACUUGGACAAAGAGUUCAGGAAGGAGUACUGCAAAUAAGGUGACCCUGGGCUCCUGGCUGGGCCAGCAGCCCUGCCGACUUCUGUCUGUCUGUCUUGGAGGAUGGAUGACCUCCUGACCCUCACGUGGCUUGCCCUACACCAUUCCAGCGGCUGGUCCCGCUGUUCUGGAACUUGGCCUCGACUGGCACAGCGCAAGGCUGCCUCCAGACUCCUCUCCCAGGAUACCCCCUAAUCCCCACAAGCAGCAGUGGGCUCUCUGGGACUCUGCCGGGGGUGCAGCCCUCAGAUGCCUGCUGGCUACCCCCUCCCCCCCCCUCCCCGCACAGCCCAGACCCCACUGACGUUCACCAACCCUCUGGGCUCUCCUGGCCUGUGCCGCUGUGGGCUGGGGCUCAGUGGGGCUCCGUGCUCGGCUCAGCCUCAGGACCAGCACCCCUUUCUAGGGGGAGCCUAAGGCUGGGAUCUGGGGAUUGCACACUCCAGGCCCCAGGCUAAUUCCCCUCUGCUCUGUGUUGGGGUACCUGGGGUUGCACGGGGGCCCCCUCUCUGCCUUCCACCCAAGUUGCCUUGACAGUCACUGGGCUCCAUGUGACUUCUGACCCUGACCCUACUUCCACAGCCCCUCCCUGGGCUGGAGUCAGGGGCUGGGACCUCAUUCGGCCUGUUUUGGCUGAGGACAGGCGAGGGGUAAAGAUGGUUCUAGAAUGGCCUGUGUUGCCACUCCCAACACCCCACACUUGCUCCUCCUAGGAAACUGCCAUCAUCACAAUAAAGAGCACAUGAUUUUUAGACUUG